CCACUCACAGAGUCAGAGAGAGAGAGAGAGAGAGAGAGAGAAGUUUCUGUGACACCAGGUCGGGUCAUUGCAUGAAAACAGUUGGAAACAACAGAACCAUUCCUUGGAAAUCAGAAUUGAACAGAACAUCAGAAUUGAACCCUGAAUUCGUAGAGGAAUCUGGACCCAUCUGAUUCUGAUCUGAUCCAAUUGGUGCGCAUUCUAUCCGUUCAAGGGACAAUUUUGCUCUACAUUCCUAAGUAGAAGCAGAAGAGCAUUCUUUUUUUGGAAGCAAAUGACACCUAAAGCAAGUUCUGGAUUGUGGGAAUAAUAUCGGGAAAGGUGGUUUGUGGAUCAUGGAGCAGUCAUGUGGUUUUGGCCUGCAUUCAGUGGUCACAGGGUGACAAGAGAGGAGAUAACAGGAUUAGUAUGGAGAUAUUGUUAUAGAGGGAAAUCUGAGUGUUGUGAUCGAAUCUCUUCUCUCAAAGACCUGCAGGAUGAAUGGGUGAGAAGGAAAGAGAGGAUAAGAGGUGUUCAUUUACUACUUUCCUGCGUAUUCAGAAAAGGAAGAACACUCAUAUUAACUGUGUUUUUUCAACUGCUGUUUUUUUUUCAAAAAGUGUGUCUAAAACAACAAAAAACACAUUUUCUGAAGAAUAUGUUUAAAAACUGCAAAUAAACCAAAACCAUUAGGUUAUAGCUGAAAACCUCAAUUCCGGAUAGCACAAAACCAAGGCAAUCCUGAAAGGACCAAUGACACAAUCCUAUCAAAUCAAGGACAUGCCCUUAACUUCAGGCCUCGACAAAUCCUGGGUUUCCUUCCUAAAGUCUGCACCUCGUCUCCGCCUCAACACCUUGGACUUCUCCGACCUGUGGGAUGAGGAGGACCUGGGAUUGGACAGCGCCGAGGAAGACGGUGGCACCUUGAUCAACCAAACAUCAGCAUGUCUCCAAACACCACCUCCUCCUCCUCCCAUGCCGCCCUCAGCUCCUCCCCCUCCCCUGUCUACAGGAUAUGCCUCUUCCAUGGGGAAACCCUCAGGUUGUCGUACCUUAAAGCUCCACUGGAGGGAGCUCCACAGCCUGCCCCCCCUGCCCAGGGUUAGCCGCUUUGGGCCCCAGACCAUCUGGGCUGGGCUGGAGCCGGUGCACCUGGACACCAACCGGCUGGAGUACCUGUUUGAGACCAAGGGAAAUGGCUCCAUCUGCAGCGUGCUGACGGGAAGGCAGAAGCUGCCGUCUGUCUCAGUUCUGGGGGUGAAACGGAGUAACAUCAUCACAAUUGCCCUCAGUAGCCUCCCUCCUCCCCGCCUGCUGCCUCCUGCCAUUUAUACCAUGGACUGUAGUGUUCUGGACAGAGAGGACGUACAGCGUCUCCAGUCCCUGGUCCCCAGUGAAGAGGAGCUGUCUCUGAUCAGGAAGGCCCAGGCCGAGUCCCCCCACUCGCCUCUGGCCCCAGCUGAGCUCUGUCUCCUAACCCUGGGGCAGAUCACUUACCUGAGCCCCAGGCUUCAGCUCUGGGCUUUCGCUCUGGACUAUGACACCCUGGAAAGAGAAAUUGCAGAGCCUCUCUUCCACCUGAAGCUUGCCAUGGAACAGCUGGCAGCCAAUCAGACCUUUAGAUGCAUCUUGGCCACUGUGCUAGCCAUUGGUAACUUCCUCAAUGGAUGCAAGGCCGGUGGUUUUGAGUUGAGUUACCUGGGGAAGUUGUCUCAGGUCAGAGAUACACACUCCCGUCAGCCUCUCCUGUACCAUAUGUGUGUUCUGCUCCUGCAGCUCUACCCACAGUCCUCAGACCUCUACUCUGAUAUCACCUCUGUCACCCGCACCAGCAAGUGUGACUACACCCAGGUCCAGUCCAGCCUCUCACAGCUGGAGGCCCUUUGCAAAUCCUCAUGGGACCAGCUGCGUCUGCUAGAACGGGAGGAUGAGAAGAAGAGAGGAGGACGGGACAGAGGAGGGGAGCGGGAAGGCACCCUGCGACAGAGGUUACCUACGUUCCUGAAGGAAUGUGAGGACAGGCUGAAGGUACUGAGAGCUGUCCAUCGGAGGGUUAUCAACAGGUUUCACUCAUUCCUUUUGUUUCUGGGUUACUCUCGUACGAUGGUGAGAGAGACGAAUGUGGAGGACUUCUGUAAGAGCGUCAGUGACUUCUCCCUGGAAUACAGAGCCACCCGUCUCUCCAUCCUGCAACAAAGGGAGAGAGAGACGAGGCGAGAGAAAGGAGGAGAGAGUCCCAGCUCACCUGCACCUAACCACAAACACCACUACCAUCCCCACCACCACCACCAGACACCUUCUCAGGAGAGCUUGGAGCAGUGCAAACUAGAGGAGGUAUUGAAGACCCCAGAAUCUGACUUUCAGUUAGAUUCCACCCUUCCACGCCACCGCAGUAAGAAGACUGAUAUCAGAGGUCGACUCUCCCGGAAGCUAAAGUGGUGACAUGUGAAGUGAAGUGUGUCGUCUGUCCUGCGUUUCUGUCUACAUCUGUUUGUAGAAUCAUGCAUUGUUAUUGCUACACAGGUGACUAUAGUCACUGUAAAUGCAUACUGUUUAGCACACCAUAGUCCCUGCAUGUUGUAUGCUACAAUGCAAUAAAAUAUUCUGUCAUGCACUUCAACAAGCACAUAGGCCUGCUUAUUCUCAUACACAAACACAAUCUUAUCCACAGUCAGACUAACACACAGCAGCAUUGAAAAUAAACACGUGCAAAUAUAUGUAUAGACAUGAAAACUAUUUUUGACAAAUGUUUCACAUUUCUAUACAUGUAUGUGAAACAUAAAAAACUUGCCAAACAUGGAUUUCCUUUUUACACGUGGAUUUUCUGUGUGUUAGUGACAUCGAUAAUGUCACUAUGUUUUUGUUGUCAGAAAAUGCAUUUAAGACAUUCAACAUACAUUUUUCUGCCAACACAACCUUCCUCCUCUGAGGAAUCUCCACUGAUCCACACUAAACAAAAAUAUAAACGCAACAUUUGUAUUUUUCCCGUGUUUCAUGAAGUGAAAUAAAAGAUCUCACAAAUGUUCCAUACAC